CCGUAGCUAAAUUAGCUCAAACCGCGCGCCUAUCAGUAGCUUGGAAUGGAUCUCUAACUAUAUAAGAAGCCGUGGGUGGAGAGUCAAUCUACUUACCCUCCGGCCCCUGCUUUGGACCACAUCGACACUCGCACUAUGGACCGCCGAAAACGACGACCCUCUACCGAUGGGCCGGAACCUCACCCACCAAAACAGCGUUCCCCUAUGGCACCCGAUGAUAAUCGGCAACAAUCUUCCGCUCCAUCCUCAUCACUUGACCCUUCCCAGACCCACCCGCUGACCCUUCAAACCGGCGACAAUAGUCUUGAUGAUUGGCACAGUGGAGCGUAUAUUGUGCCUCACGGAACCGCAACUACUUCUAGUGAUUCUCACUCCCCAAGCAGUGUGACGACGCUGCCUGGGCUAUCUUAUAAUCAUCCGCACCUGUAUUCCUCCCCUCCAUCACAUCAAGUCGUUCCUACUGACCCCCAGUCUCUCCAAAGCCGCGACAUUCCUCAUGAUCGGUGCAACAGGCCAGUUGGACCUCAUCUCGGGGUUCCUGGACCGGCGCCCACUUUUGGGCUUUCCGGUGACCCUCGGAAGCUCUGGAUGCCUUGGCCGAAGCGUGCGACUGAGCUAUCUGUCAGUGAUUCGCAAUCGCACGCCUCGGCCUCAUCGCUACAAAACCAUGCCACUAGCUCACAGACUCUCAACGAAAACGUUCACCGUGAUCGGCAUGAUAGAUCUUAUCUCCGACAUCCCCAGAUCGCACCACGGUCACCUUCUGGUGAUCCUCCAUCCCUUCAGCUGCCACGUAUGGAGGUCACGCCCUGGCGUUCAAAUCCCAACGGUAGUAGCCAAUCAAGCACACCUAUCCCUGGAUCCUCUGUCCCCACUACGCCCGUGCCAUCAUCUCCUGCGCAUUCGGAUCGAUCCCUAUCCCCCCCCUCAUCGCUGUCGUGCUCCGAAACUCCUUGCGCAAGUCCCAACCCUUGGAGCCCCUACGGCAAUAAUGCACACAUCCGGACACAACUGGAAAAUGCGGGGAUAAACUUUCCUGUACCCCCUGUGUCAGAACGGACUCCAUCAUCGUCGGCUGGCCCGUCAGAUGGCAAAAAGAAGAGUAUCAUCGGUGCCACUAGGCUCAUUCUCCAAACCGCAUCCACUGCUCUCAAAUUUUCUCCCAUCCCGUUCCUCCCUAACAUUCCAGACUUGCUUCUCACGCUGCUUCAGGUUUACGAAGUUCAGCUUCUCACAACUAGUAAUGAUAUGUUUCUGAUGUUUGCUUCGUUGACGUAGAAUAUUAGUGGUAAUAAUGAAGCUCUCAAAGGGCUGAGUGGUGAUGUGAAAAAUGCAUAUGACACCAUUCUGCGCCCCCUCCAGCUGUGGACGGGACACAUUCCUCCCGAAGUAAUUUUCCCACUCAAAGAAUUACACUUGGCCCUAGAAGACCAGGUCAAGCGGAUCAAGUUGCUCGAGAGUCAGAAUCGGAAGCCUUUGAGGAAGAAAAUAUUCACGGCAGGCGCUUUAACGCAAAGCAUAAAUGGUGUGAGGACGUG